AUGUUAGAUUGGUUCUGGGGCCAUGACGAAGAGCUCCCCGGAGACCUCUUGACCUAUGCGGCGAGACGCAACUGCGUGGCCGGAGCUAGGUGGAUCUCGUGCCAUUCUAAAAGCUACGACGACUGGCGCCAAGCUCUAUCUGCAGCUGCCGACAAAAAGGAGCGGGAGAGCGCUGAAAUAUUUGAAUUCCUUAUAUAA